AUGGAGUUUGUGACACCAGAGCCUGUCUACGGAGACCCCUGUGAGCAGUACACCAACAUAUCUGACCGUGUAGGGGGUGACAUUCUGGAUUUCGGCACCAUUCCCAUCCCAUCUUUGGCAGAGGAGCGUUUGGGAUACUGUUGCCCCCAACUGUACAGUCCUACGGUCAAAAACAUAAAACUGUGUUCAGGAGUGAUCAUCAGUAAAGGAAGUGUGGAUGUUAAAGCCUGUCCAUCUGGUGGAUACUAUGUGCAUAAGCUCAGACCCACCACCAGCAAUCAGAUGUAUGCCACAAGCCAUCAGAAUUGCACUGAGUCCUAUUGUGGUGAGUUUGCCCAAUGUGGUUUAUUGGGAGCCUGUGAGUGUAAGCCUGGAUAUGAGAUGCCCAAAAGACUUCUACCGACAGGAGACACAUACGGAUGCACAGAUCAGUGUCUGGCCCCAAAGGUUGUGGGCCGCUGUCGCAGAUGCUCCCCCCGCUGGUAUCACAAUGCUGUGACUAACAAGUGUGAGCGGUUCAUAUAUGGACGUUGCGGGGGCAACCGCAACAAUUACCAGUCCGAGAAGGAGUGCACUGAUACCUGCCUGAUUUAAAAAGAUGUCCAUAAGAAUUGAUGAUCUAUACACCAUCAACAAAUUUCUUUAAAAAAUGUGGUCAAUUUUUGUUUUUAAGCACAAUGUUGAGUUUGUGUAACAUUCAAAAGGAUCUCAUAUCUCAUCACAAUGCAUUGUGUGAACAUGAGACUAGGUGAUCAUGAUAACAGAAAUAAAACAAAUUCAUGUUGCAUC